AUAUAUUGUGGAAUAGAAAAUGUCAAAUACAUAUUUUGUCUUUCUCAUACACAUGUAAGUACUAGUUAUAAGUUUAUAACGUAUUAAAAGUAAUAACAAAGUUAAACAAAGUGUUUUUUUUAUUGACUAGAUUUCAGUAUUUACUCAUGAGUCAUGAUGACUGCAAAAAGGAUACGUAUUAAAAAAGAUCAACAUGUCUCUGCAGAUGAUGUUGACAAGAAAAUGGAUCUCAUCAACUUUCUUGAUAAUGAUUCAUUAGCACAAAUAUUCAUGCUGCUGCCUAUAUAUGAGAGAAUAACUAUGAAUGAAGUUUGUUCCAAAUGGAAAGAGGCCUGUCAACUAGCUUGGUAUGACAUUAAAAAAUACAAGUGUAGUGAUGCAAUUGUUCGUAAUUAUGAAAAAUGUAUUUUAACACAAUCAUACGUAGAAAAAAUAUUAUUCAAUUGUGGUAUUUAUUUAAAAGAAUUGAUUCUUUCAAGAAUGUGUGACUCAAGUAUCAUGCCAAUAAUUGCUGAAUACUGCAAAAAUUUAACAACACUUGAAUUUGUCAAAUUUGGAAAUGAUAAUACUCAUCGCUUCGUUGAAGCAUUUACACAAUUGGACCAAUUAAAAGUCGUUAAAAUACAUAUAUCUGGAGAUAAAUUUCAAUUUCAAAUGCUGAAUAGUCUUCCAAAAAAUAUAAAUGAAAUUCAUUUAUUUUUUAGACCUUAUAGACAGUUUGAAACACCAUCACUUUUUUCUUUGAGAAAAUUUACCAAUCUUCGAAGUUUGACAAUACGUAAUUGUGACAUCACCGGCAUUAUCCAAGAAAUAUCAAAAAAAACAACACUCGUUAAUCUUGAUCUCCAAAAAUGUAAGACUGACGAUGAGAUUUUUACAUUCAAUCAACUUUCAAACUUGGAACAUCUCAACAUUAAGCGCGUAUUCUUCAUGAAUAGUCAAUCGCAAAAUAUGUUAAAUCCAAUCAGUGAUAUUUUCAAUACAUGCAAAAAGCUAAAACAUCUUAAGGCACCAGAUUUUCGUGGUGAUCUAGCUAAAAUUAAAAUGGAAAACUGGGUGAACUUGAGAAACUUGGUAUAUCUAAAUAUCCGCUGGCAAGCUAGUGAUGCAAUAAUCGAAAAAAUCAUCAAGUAUUGCAAUAAUUUAGAAUUCAUAAAUAUUAAUGAAUUAGAUACUGAAUCUAUUAUAAAAUUAACGAAAUUAGAAAAUUUCAAUCAUUUAGAUUUUUGUUCGAAAAAUGAUAUCAAUAAAGAAGUAAUGGUUCCAAUUUUAAAUAAUUGUAAAAAACUUAAACAUCUGGGAAUUUACGGGGGUGGUAGAAGGGAGGCAUCAAUUUUUAAUGAUUUACCAAAACUGCAAUAUAUUGAAAAGUUAAAUUUAAACUUUAUUUACUAUCUUGAAUAUAGUGCUAUGUUUGCUAUUGCUAAAAAUUGUAAGCUCUUGAAAAGUUUGAAUCUUCGAGGGUGUAACAUCACUUCAAGUGCUUAUAUUGCUUUAACGAGAUUGAAACAUUUAAAAGAACUAAGCAUUGAAGCGAAUGAGAAUGUUAAAGACAAUUUUAUUGUCAAAUUAAGAGGAAUAAAAAGUUUAGAUUGUAAUGAUUGCAACAAACUUACUGAUGCUGGUGUCAUUCAAUUCAUAAAAAAUAAUCCAGAUCUUGAAUUUCUUAAUAUCAGGUUUAAUACAAAACUUACAAUUGACACGAUUGUUGCUGCAGAUGAGGUAUCUAAAAAUCGUACAAAUGAUACUUUUUUAUCUAUAGAAUCUGAUAGAGAUCUUGCAGAAGCUUGCAUUAAAUCUCAAUGGUUAAUUUAUCGUUAUUAAUUGAAUUAGAGUAUUUUUUUCCUUAGCAGGUACAUCUUGUUAUUUUUCUACAUUUCUACAA